AUUGCUUAAUUAAUUGGUCAGUAAGUUUCGCUAGAUCUCCAUGCUUUUGUAGAUUAGUUAACUCCUCAAAUUAAUAUAUAGCAAAGUAAUAUGUUUCCCCUCUAUACAAAACUUGAAGCUAAAGACGGUAGGGUAGGAAAUAUAACCAAUUCUAAUUUUAUUUUAAGCUCGUAUAGCCAUAUUAAAUGUUACUAUUUCAAUAUUACAAAGAUCGGAAAGAAACAUAUUUAUGGGAUUUGGACUGUAGUUAAUUGCUAUGCAGUCAUUAAUUUAGAAUUAUUUGAAUGCAUUUCCCUUGCACCAAAUAAUAAUAAUAAUAAUAAUAAUAAUAAUUGCUGUAGGUCCCAUACUCUUUUAGAUUAUUCGCAUCAAAGGACAAUUUCUAGUCGCUGGUCCAUCUAUUUAUUCGUUGGUUAUCACUCACGCAUUAUCUUCUCAUCGUUUCAGACUACAUUCCAGUUUCAUAUAUUGUUUUCUGAUGACUUGGUAAACAUCUUCUUAUUUCCAAACCUCUUUUCUCCAACUUCACUCGUCACCGUUUCUCAUUUCACCAAUUCACCCUCUGGACUGAAAGAAGAGAUACAGAGCCCACCAAUUCACCGAAGGAGCAGAAGAUAUAGAGAGCCCGAAACCAUUUCAAGCAAACUUGUUUUGUCUGCUACCAAUUUCUGUAUAUUCUGUGGGACAACAACGAACUUUGAGCACAGAGUCUACAUCAAAAGGAGUCGACAGGCAGUGAAGCUUCAUCCAGAACUGGACUGACUACUAAGUACUAAGCCCGAUAUCAUUUGACCACUCGAUCCCAAACCUUUUCUCCAACUUCAUUCCUCACCAUUCUUCAUUACCACCAAUUCAACAAAGGAGCAGAAGAGAUAGAGAAGCUUUCAUCAACUGCCGGUCUGACUUGUGAGCCCGAAAUCAUUCGAAGCAAACUUGUUUUGUCUGCUACCAACAACAACGAACUUUGAUCACAGGUUUUACACCAAGCCUUCCUAGUUCCUGGCAUCAUUCUUCGAUAUCACCAAGCCUGGACUGACUAUAAGUACCAAGCCCGAUACCGUUUGACCGUGUCUGUCUCUCGUUGUUUUCAUUGUGCAAGUUUCUUUCAUUUUAUCUUCGCCUGGAGAUAUGGCCGCUGCCGUAGUGGGAGGCUCAUUCCUCUCCGCUUUCCUUCAAGUGCUAUUCGAUAGGAUGGCUAUGCCGGAAUUCGUGAAUUUGUUUCGUAAUCCGAAGACCGAUGUUGCUCUCCUCCUCAAGAAGCUCGAGAGUGAGUUUCGCACUGCUGGAGCCGUGCUCGAUGAUGCAGAGAACAAGGAAAUACCGAAGGGAUAUGUCAACGACUGGCUUGAGGAGCUUCGUGAUACAUUUUAUCAAGCAGAGGAUUUACUGGACAGAAUGAACACUGAAGCCCUGCGAAUUAAGGUCGAAAUUGAGUACGAAAGCUCUACCAGCACUUGUACAUCUUCGGGUGAUGAAUUCCUUAAGAAGAUUAAGCCUGAGAUUGAAACGAUAGUGGAGAGGCUGAAGGGAUAUAACAAACAAAUUAGUCCCUUGGGUUUGCAAGUUGGUCAUUCCAGAAUAGAGUCACAUCAAAAAUUUGAAACAGCUUUGGUUGACGAGACUACUAUUUUUGGGAGAGAUGCUGAUAAAGAGAGGAUAAUUCAAAAGUUGCUGUCUGAGGAUGCAAAUGGAGACAAUUUCACCGUGGUUCCAAUAGUUGGAAUGGGUGGGCUUGGCAAGACCACCUUGGCCCAAAUAGUUUACAAAGAUUCGAGGGUGGCAGAGAGUUUCCCUGCCAGGGCAUGGGUCUGUGUAUCAGAAGAAUAUGAUGCUACAAGGAUAACAAAAGAACUCCUAAGGGAACUCAGUAUUUCUUUUGACAAGGAUGAGAAAUUGUUUUCCCUUCAAGGAAAGCUACAAGUUGGUCUAGCCAAUAAAAAGUUCCUUCUUGUUCUGGAUGAUGUUUGGAAUGAUAACUACAAUGAGUGGAAAAAAUUAAGGACCCCUUUCAAAGGUGGAUCACGUGGAAGUAAGAUCAUUGUUACAACACGGGAUCAGAAUGUUGCAAUGAUGAUGGCCAACGAAAGGUCAAUUCAUCAUUUGGAUUCCAUGCUAGAGGAAGAUUGCCGGUCUUUAUUUAAGAAGCAUGCGUUUGAAAAUAGAGAUGGCAAUGAAAAUGCAGAACUUGAAGAAAUAGGAAACCAAAUUGUGAAGAAGUGUCGAGGGUUGCCUUUGGCUGUGAUAACAGUUGCAGGUGUUUUGCGCUCUAAAACAACCCCCAAAGAAUGGAAAGAGAUUUUGACAAGUGAAGAGUGGACUCAAAUGGAUAUUCCAGGUGGCCCCAUGCCAGCAUUGAGAUUAAGCUACAUUCAUCUUCCUUCCUAUCUUAAAAGGUGCUUUGCUUAUUGUGCUGUGUUUCCCAAAGAUUACCAGUUUAGAAACGAGGAAAUUAUUCAGUUAUGGCAAGCUAAUGAUCUUUUAGAGUACCCUGGAGAAAAUAAAAGAAUUGAAAACAAGGGUGAGAAGUUCAUUCAUGAACUGAGAAUGAGGUCAUUAUUUCAUCAGUCAACUGACCAUACUUUCUCCAUGCAUGACCUUGUCAACGAUCUGGCUAGAUUUUUCUUUGGGAAAUACUGCCUUAGGCUUGAAGAUCAUCAGGAAGGCAAUGCUACAAUAUCUGGUGCAAGACAUUUUUCAUACCAUCCUAGUUGGUAUGACACAUUUCACAAAUUUAAUCUCUUGAGUCAGACUAAGAAUAUAAGGACAUUCUUGCCAUUGAGAACGGAUUCUAUGAUUCGUCUAAGCAACAAAUUCUUUGAGGAUGCCUUGCCCCAAUUCAUGUCUUUAAGGGUUCUAUCUUUGUCCUAUUAUGAGAAUAUUGUGAAGUUACCAAAGUCAUAUAGUGGUUUGAAACAACUUCGAUUUCUGAAUCUCUCUGAAACAGGAAUAAAGGUGCUGCCGGACUGGAUAUGUAGUUUCUAUAAUCUACAAACUUUGUUGCUGUCAAAUUGCAGACAACUUGAAGAGUUGCCAAAAAAUUUGGGAAAGUUAAUUAACUUAUGUUGCCUGGAUAUUAGUGGAACUCCAUUGAAGAAAAUGCCACCACAAAUGGGUAGACUGAUAAACCUUCAAGUCUUGACAAAUUUUGUCAUAGGGAAGAACAGUGGUUCGACGAUUAAGGAGUUGGGCAAGCUUCCUAUGCUACGUGGUGAGCUAAUCCUCUCCGGGCUAGAAAAUGUUUCUGCUGGUAUGGAUGCAUCAAUGGCGAACAUGGAAGGCAAGGAACACCUUGAAAGGUUAACCCUGCAGUGGAAUGGCGGGACAACAUUUCCAGAUUGGCUAGGCAACUCUUCUUUCAGCAGUUUGGAAUCCUUGAGUCUAUCUGGGUGUAAAUAUUGCCACUCCUUGCCUACACUCGGGCAGCUACAGUCCUUGCAAUCACUUGCAAUUGUGGGAAUGAGUUGUAUACCAGUCUUGACACAAGAUUUUUAUGGAGACAUCAAUGUAACCAAACCAUUCCCAUCUCUGAAAAAUUUGACAAUCGGGUGGUUGCCACAGUGGAAGAGUUGGUACAUACCAGAGGGUGAAGUCUUCAAUGGACUUGAACGACUCAGGAUAAGUGAUUGUCCCAAAUUGAUUGGAGAACUUCCCCAACAACUUCCAUCACUGCAAAGCCUUGAGAUAUCUGGCUGCGACAAUCUUGUGUGGGACAAUGGUCAAUUGAGCAUCCUGAAUGGAGAGAAUCAACAAAAUUUUUCAUCUCUUCAUCAAUUGAAGAUUUCAAAGCUAGAAAAUUUGAAAGAGUUGCCCCUACAGCUCAACCAAUUAUCCAAGCUUAAGAAAUUGAAUAUUUCAGAGCUAGAAAAUUUGGAGGAGUUGCCCCUACAGCUCAACCAAUUAUCCCGACUUAAGAAACUGACGAUUCAUGAUUGUCGGUCUCUCUGCCCCUCGCACAUGAGUAGACUGCCUGCCUCACUUAAAUCACUGGAGUACAUGGGUUGCAAAUUGGAAUUGGAGGGUGGUGGGGCCUUGGAGUACUUGGUAUUAGGCGGUUGUGACCUCAAAGUCAAAGCCGAGUGGCUUGCCUCGUUCCCUAUGCUAAAACGUCUUGAAAUUAGGUACUGCAGGAGUGUUGAGAAUCAGAGUGGUAUAACUACUACUACUACUACUAGUGUGAUGACGUCACUUCAAUCCUUAGACGUCUACGGCUACGAUGAUCUAUUAAUGUCUUUUUCAGAGGGAGGAUUGGCAGCCCCCAAUCUAACGACGAUUAGCAAAUUAGCAUCCGCGAUUGCAAGAAGCUCACGUCGCUGCCGAAACAGAUGGAGUCCCUCCUCCCAUCUCUUCGACGUCUGCAUUUAAACAAUUGUCCCAAAAUUGAGUGCUUCCCGGAAGGGGGUUUGCCCUCCAGCCUACAAUCCCUUGUCAUCUACGGUUGCAAGAAGCUCAUGAGUCGUAGGAGAGAGUGGGGUUUGGAGAAACUUCCCUUUUUCACGCUCUUGAGGAUUUCUGAUAGUGAUGAAGAGUCGUUUCCAGAGGAGGAUUGGCUGUUGCCUUGCACGCUUCGAACACUCUGUUUGAGCUUCCUUAAGAAUCUGAAAGUGCUAAACUAUUCGGCUCUUCGACACCUCACCUCUCUUGAAGAUCUACACAUCUCUGAUUGCCCUCGACUCCAGUCCCUACCGGAAGCGGGACUGCCCGCCUCCCUCACCAGACUACAUAUUGGGAAUUGCCCACUGUUGGAACCAAGGUUAGAAUGGGAGAAAGGACCGGACUGGCCCAAGGUUGCCCGCAUCCCCUGCGUAGUAGUCGAGGGUGAACUAGUUCCUUGAUGGUGACGCUGGUUGCUGGUGAGGACCUGCCUCCCAGAGUUACAAGACCCUCAUCAUCAUCGAUUCAUAUAAUUAGAGUGCGAAUUGCCUGUUGUGAAUAACUAGGAUGUGCUGAAAGGACAGUUGAGAUUCCAAUCAAGUAGGCCACCAACUCAGGCAGACAAAUGCUUUCCUCGGUAACUGUGCAACUGCUGAUGAAGAAAAAAAACCUUCAAUUUUCUAUAAGGAAUUGCUCUCUUCCAGUCUAGGUGAAACAUCUUUCUUAGUCCUCGAAGGUUGCUUUCAUCUUUAGCCAUUGAAGAUUGGGGCUAGUGACAUCCCUUUUUAUGCUGGAGACCAAGAACUACUAAUUGCUGACAUUAUGUUUGGAGUAGAGAAGAAGAAGAUUGGCACAAGAGGGAGGAUUUCCACCCCCCUAUCUAUAGUAGAUUACUCUCAUCAAGUGCCUCCUGCCGAAAAGGAUAAAUCCCUCCCACCUCUUUGAUAUCUGAAACUAGACAAAUAGUGCUUCCUAGGAGGUCGUUUGCCUUCUAGCCUACAUUAUCUUGAGAUCUCCUAUUGCAAAGAGCUCAUGAGUUACCGGAGAGAGUGGGGUUUGGAGAAGCUCCCUCUCACACACUUGAGCAUUGGUGGUAGCUUUGUAGAGUUGUGCAGGAGGACUGUCGCCUUGUUUGAAUCUCUUGGAUUAUGGAUCCUUAAGAAUCUGAACAUGCUAAACUAUUCAGGUCUUUGACACCUUACUGUUUUCUUCAAAAGCUAACAAUCAUGACCUGUACUCCACUCCAAUCCCUACUAGAAGAGGGACUCGCAACCUCCUUGGAAAUCUUUGACUGCCCAUUGCUGAAACCAAAGUUGGAAUGGGAGAAAUGACAAGACUGGCCCGAGAUUACAGACAUCCCUGCACAGUAGUUGAUCAAGAAUUAAUCCCUUAACAAAAACGCUAGAAGUGUGAGGGAUCCCACAGUUACUAGACCUCCAUCAUCUCUUUGGAUUAAGGAGCAGUCCGGGCUUCUCUAAUUUGAUCUCAAUCUGUUGUAUCUGAGAGGUGCAGAAUUGCACUCUCCCGUCUAGGGAAUACAGCUCGUUAUUGCUUUCAGCUUCAGCCAUUGCCAGAAGAGGGUCUACCUAUCUGCUUUUUAUGGCAGAAAUAAAAAACUGCCCACAUUGAUGACACUAAAGGGAAGAAGAUGAUUGGUGCAAUGUAACUGACAAUUCAUGGAUGUCAAUGAUGUGUUUAUUCUGUGAUCAGUUAUGCACUCACAAUUUCUCUGAAGAAGUUCAUAUUACAAGGGGUUCAAUUUGCUGCUUGGAAAGAUGCAAUCCCUUCUCGUGCAUUAAUGUUCAAAAGUGUGGCAGCAUCCUGUAGCUGAGAGCUUUUGUAGCUCACUGUUGCCUCCAGAAUACAAACAUAUCCUUUUGAUGGUGGAUAUCCUGAAUUUCCCCUCUCGUUGAGAAUGCAAGAUUAGUGGCACCGAGGAAGAAGAGUCACUUUCAAAAUACUGGCUGCUGUCUUGCACACUGCACACGUACAAUCUUUCACUUGGAGCAGCACAAGAGCUGAAGAACAACGACCUACAGAUCUUGAAGAUAUGGAAAUAGGUGACUGCUCUCAGCACUGGUUGCUACAAAAAGAGUGGUUGGCAACCUCCCGACUUCCAUUAUGCAUAUAAAAUGUGGUAUUCAUUGGUCAAAUUACUAUGUAAGGGCAGAAUGGGAGAGGAAAGACUGGCCCCAAGGUUUCUAAUGUAAACUUCAUAGCUUUCGAUAGUGAACUAAUUCGACAUAGAAUCUUGCUUAUCACUUGAUCGAGCUUGAGGGUGUAAAGGUACCUUCCUCUGUCAGAUUCAUUUUCUUGGAACGCUCCAAUGCCUCAAAUCACAGGAGUGUCAUUUCCUGUGCAUAUGAUCCCAGCUUCCUGCUGAAAAUCUUCUCGACUUACUUUUUAGUUCUUGUUUUUCUUUUGGGAUUUUUCUCCUUGUUCAUGGCCAACCUUGCAGAACAUUUGAUUGUCUACUCCAAUGAUGUUAUUGCAAGAGUGCAAGCCACAUCAUAGAUCUUGCCUUGCAUUUGCAAAUUCUGGAAUUUUUCAACUUUUGAGAUGAUAUUCACUUGUUACAUUGGAUCGUAGAAAAACAUUUCCUUUCUCUUUGCAAUUAACAAUAGGGGCACAUGUUGUAA